AGUUCAGCGACAGCUAGGUUCUCUACACCAACAAGUUGGACCUGUUGAGUAAGACUUGUUCGCUUUUCUGAACCAUGUGCCGUCCUUGAAUAGGAAGUUGUCUCCUCGAAUCUGCGGAGAGAAGGACGUUUCAGCGCAAUGAAUACCAUCGACGGUUCCGACCGUCACGUCAAGACAGAAGAAGCCCCUCCGCCGUCAUUGCUUGCGAUCGUGCUCGAUACCAACCCGCAUGCUUGGGCGCAUCUCUCCUCGACGCUCUCACUUUCGGCCGCCCUAGCCAACAUCCUCGUCUUCAUCAAUGCGCACUUGGCCUCGGGAAACGCCAAUGAAGUUGCCGUGAUAGCUUCACAUUCACACAAGACGACAUUCCUCUACCCGACUCCAGCAGACCCGCAGCCUCAAUUACGGGAUGGGGAUACAAAUGGGCACGCGCAAACGAAUGGACAUGGAAAGGACAGGGAAGGUCACCUGGCAGAGAGUGCGAACAAGUACCGACCAUUCGCAGUCGUAGAAAGUGCUAUCCUACGCAACUUCACGAAACUACUCAACGAGACCAAAGAGAGCCAUCUGGAAGCAACACCUACGACGCUCAUCGGUGGCGCCCUCUCCAUGGCCCUUACCCACAUCAACAAGCAGACCAUCCUCCAUGCUCCCACGGCCGCCUCCGCUGAGAGCACAUCUCUUGCGGCACUCGCCGACUCGGAGAACACGCACGUCGACCGCGUGCCCCUCACAUCUCGCAUCCUCAUCGUAUCCGUAUCCGGCGACCUUGCGAACCAGUACAUACCCGUUAUGAACUCCAUAUUUGCCGCCCAAAGAAAGCGGAUACCCAUAGAUAUCUUGAAACUGGCUGGCGACACUGUGCUACUGCAGCAAGCAAGCGAUGCGACGGGAGGCGUAUAUAUGAAGCCGGACCGCCCAGAGGGCCUGCUUCAGUAUCUGAUGAUGGCGUUCUUACCAGAUGUAACAGCGCGGACAAGCCUCGUAGUUCCUAGCGCCGGUGGUGUUGAUUUCCGUGCGGCGUGUUUCUGCCACAGGAGGGUUGUCGACAUCGGGUUUGUCUGCAGUGUGUGCUUGAGCAUCUUCUGCAAUCCUGAUCUUCCUGAUAACCUAUGCCUGACCUGCGGCUCCUAUCUAUCCCUGCGCAGUGCUGUCAUGAACCCGCCGGCAUUGAUACCACGGAAAAAGAAAAAGAAGAAGAAGGCCGGGACGGAUUCUGCAACACCAGGGGGAAACACUCCUGUAGGAUCUGGUACUCCACUACAUGCUUGAGACACUGCCCGUGGAUCUGGAAUACAUCCCACCAGAUCUCAUGAUUUACCGCGUUACACCUUUCUCAGACGCGUAUGCAUAUUUGCUACACUCCCCGGCCCGUGGCGCAGGCUAGUUCCACCGAAAGACGCAAAUUUGCCCACGUUCAUGGG